AUGCGAAAGUCGAAGAGGAAAAGUGGCCGGGGUAAUGGUGCAGGGAGAGGUGAAGUUAACAACCACCAGCACAGCAACAACAGCGGCAGGAAUCACCAAAGGACCUACAACCAGCACGGGACUUAUGACAUGGAAGAUCGUGUCCGUCGACCUGGCAGAAGGGGGCAUCGAGACCGAGGCCGCGGGCGCGGGGGCUCCCAUAACAUCAAACACAACAACAACAACCGGCCCACAAAUCACCUUCACAAUGGAGCUGGACAGAAGGACGCUGAAGAUGGCGCCUUUGGCGGCGGGUUCAGUGAGGCUGGGACAGACUACGACGACGAUGGCCGAGGCGAGCCGCCCUCCCCCUUCGCCUUCUCGUGGUCCGACAGCAACGGCCGUAACCACAGCCAACGAACACAGCACAGUAACAACAUGCCUUUCACGGAGCUCCUGGCGGCAGCGCAGCCGCGCGCGCAUACGGGCCCGCCGCCGUGCCACGAGUGCCUGCGCACGCGGCGCGCGAACCGGGAGCUCAAGCGGGCGAUCGAGACGUGCUUCCUCAAGCUGUCGGGCGGGUGGGCGGCGUGGCUGCGCGAGGUCGGGUUCCGCGACGCGCGCGGCCACGACGUCGAGCCCAUGGACUGGGAACCCACCGAGAAGAUGGUCAUUGUCAUCGCCGACCCCAACUGUCGCAACCAUCAGGGGCGUGGCUCGACCGCGUCCCCGAGCCCCGAGGUCGGUGGCCCGGCGGGUCAGUCACCCGAGCUGGACCGGCGACAGCAGCAGCAGGGCGGAGGCCAGGAGCGGAAUGGCGCAGGGGUUGGUGUUGGCAUGGGCCUCGGGCCUGCGAAUGGUUUCGGUGCUCCGCCUGCGCUUCAGCAAUACCAGCACCAGCAACAGCAACAGGGACAAGAUACAGUCCACUUCACACAGCAGGUGCCUCAGUGGCACAUCGGUGGAGCAGCAGUGCAGCAUGGGGCAGAGCAGACGGGCAGUGCCAACGCGAUCGAGACUCAUGGAGGAUUGGGCAUCCAAGGACACAUGGGGCAUCCAAGCGAGUAUGUCGACCCGAGUAGGUGGCAGUUUCGCGAGGCUAGGCCGGAGGGUGCUGAUAUUUUCUAA